AUGCCACUCCUCUCUUCCGCCCUUCUCCUUCGCACGCAUUCUCUCACCCUCGUUUUGUUCGCAUACUAUCUCCUGACCUCACCGUGGACGCUCGUGUCUUCAGCUCCGAUAUGGCUGCUGGGCGAAUCCAUGUUCGUCCGCGCCCCGAUCUACGCCCCCGAUCACCUGCAUCCGUCUGAUCCUGGAUCCAACCACCACCACCAAGGAAGAGACCUCCGGCCACCGCCGGCCCUGCUUCAGAACCCUGCCAGGGGGCCCGGUACCAUCCCAGCCCUCACGGGAACCGCCGCCGAACGCGAACUCUUCGCUGUCUUGGCCGUGCUCCUCCUCGCCUACGCUCUCAUGCAGUUCAUCUUCGCCGGCGACUUGACUCUCAUCCUCCCCUCCGGGCCCACGAGUACAAGGGGAGGCAGCAAACAGGGCGCCGCGCCCCCGGCGGGCACCACCCCCAUGGCAAGCUCUGCUCGCCUCGCUAAAGAACUGUACACUCUCCUCACGGCACAGUCACGAUGGCUCACUCUGGCCGGUCUUCAUGUCAUUGCGUCCUCGGCUCUGGUGUUCUGGAUCUACAUGUUUCAUUCUCGUGAAGCACCGACGCAAUCGGGAGACUAUUAUUCCAUCUCCGACUUGCUUGCGAACCGCGUCACCUUCACGGCCGGUCUAGCAAAUAUGCUCUUCUGGGGGUACUUGUGGACCACGGUGAAAGACGAAGGGAAGGAAGUCGGUAACCUACUGGCGAGGAGAAGAGCCAUGGAAGAGGAAGAGGAAGAGGAAUGA